ACCACCCUGUCGUCCAAGCUGCUGACCCACCACAAGGACCACUUUGCCAAGCUGGCUGUGGAGGCCGUGCUCCGGCUGAAGAGCUCCGGUAACCUGGAGGCCAUCCACGUCAUCAAGAAGCUCGGCGGCAGCCUCAUCGACUCCUACCUGGACGAAGGCUUUCUGCUGGACAAGAAGAUUGGUGUGAACCAGCCCAAGAGGCUCGAGAACGUCAACAUCCUCAUCUCCAACACGGGCAUGGACACCGAUAAGAUCAAGAUCUUCGGCUCCAGAGUGCGUGUGGACUCCACGGCCAAGGUGGCGGAGAUAGAGAUGGCUGAGAAGGAGAAGAUGAAGGAGAAGGUGGAACGGAUCCUCAAGCACGGGAUCAACUGCUUCAUCAACAGACAGCUGAUCUACAACUACCCAGAGCAGCUGUUUGCUGCGGCAGGCGUCAUGGCCAUAGAACACGCGGACUUCUCCGGAGUGGAGCGCCUGAGCGUCCACCUUCGACCACCCCGAGCAUUUUUGCCUCUCCCAGGUGAGGCGUGUACCGUGGUGCUGCGUGGAGCCACACAGCAGAUCCUGGACGAGGCCGAGAGGUCUCUCCAUGAUGCCCUGUGUGUCCUGGCUCAGACCGUCAAGGAGACACGUACCGUCUACGGAGGAGGCUGCUCUGAGAUGCUGAUGGCCAAGGUGGUGACAGACCUGGCUCUCAGGACACCGGGCAAAGAGGCUGUGGCCAUGGAGUCCUUCGCCAAAGCUCUUAGGAUGCUGCCCACCAUCAUCGCAGACAACGCCGGCUACGACAGUGCCGAUCUGGUGGCCCAGCUGAGAGCUGCUCACCAGGAGGGGAAAACCACCAUGGGUCUGAAUAUGAACCAGGGUUCCAUCGGUGACAUGUCAGAGAUGGGGGUGACGGAGAGCUUCCAGGUCAAGAGGCAGGUUCUGCUGUCUGCUGCCGAGGCUGCAGAGAUGAUCCUCCGCGUCGACAACAUCAUCAAGGCUGCGCCCAGGAAGCGAGUACCAGACCAUCACCCCUGUUAAUACCACCAGGAGGAAGAGGAGGGGGUGAGGAAGAGGAGUUGCUGGUAGGGAAGGGGAACAGAAAAGCCUGUAUUUAUGAUACUCCUGUCCAAGGCUGUGUACCAUACGUCACUUUGAAAUAAAAAACCCUGAUGUGUUCUGUACCGUUGUCCCAAAAUCAAAGCUUCAGUCUCUUUUGGUUAGUCUAAAUGCUCCUUUUAGUCUGUCGGGGUGUAACACUGUUACGAACCACUGCAGAGGCUAGACUGUCAGUGCUGCGUUACGAACCACUGCAGAGGCCAGACUGUCAACGCACCUGAUAUCUCAUGCAGAUGGCUGUAUGGACGUGUUUGUUUACUGAAAUGAUAAUAAAUAAAAACACUGAAUCCA